GGGUCCGUACAUCUUGUUGAGUCAAGGGAUUUCCGUAUUGUGGUCAACAUAACAGCUCCAUCUUUGCAACGGACAUAUGAUGUUGACGCUAAUUUGUAUGGACACAAUGGAAAGGUCGUUUUGGAAAUUAAGGAGAGCACAGCAUCAUCAAGUGUCAUCAGUCUCACCUGGCUCUUUGUCUGUAUCUCUAUAGCAACAGUUUUUGUGGGGAUUAUCACAGCUUGGCAUGCCAACAAGUGGUACAAACAGGAGAAACAGAAGAUUGAUAUCUCCGACCAUAAAAGCUUUGCUAGCUCAUCACAGCGAGGGGUUAUCUACAGACCUGGCAACAGUUUUCAGAUGGUUGCUCUUGGCCCUGGCGGAGGUGACAACUUCCUCAGAGGGGAUGAUGCAGAACACAUGAGGAAUCUGAGAUGUGAUGAAGAGCUGAGGCAGGUCCAGGAGAUGCCAGAGGAAGAGGAGGCUGAAGCUUUAGAAAUG